AUGGCAGAGCGGGCCCGCACGUGGCUGGCAAACGUGGAUGAGAACACUAAGAUGCCUUUGAGCUUGGAAGAGCAGGACUGGGUCACGGCCUGCGGCGGCAGGAACUUUGUGGCGCCGGCCUGGGUCACCGUCACGCACGCGCAGGUGGAUGUGCUAGUGCAGGCGCGGCAGAGGCACCCGCACCCCGUGGCCCUCUUUCCGGAGGCGGCAGGGCGCUCCAAAGGCUUGAGGCUGAAGGUGAAGCUGAUUGGAGCCUUCGGCCUCCGCAGCGCUUUCCUGCACCAGCGCAGCCAGACAUACUGCACCUGCGAGAUCCCUUUGAAGAAGGACUCCAAAGUCUCCUCGGAUAGAGCAGGGGGUGCGCCAAACCCAGAGUGGGGGAGUAGUCGAACCAUCAGAAGCUAUGCUCCAGGGGAUGCCUUGGUGCUGGAGGUCUACGGGGCCACCGAAGAUGCCGAGCACUCGCCAAGGGUGGACGAGCUCCUGGGCCGGGCCUUCCUGCCCGGCAAGAAGUUCUAUCCUGACGGCUUCGACGGCUUGCUGAAUCUCACGCUUGGCCCUCGCCAGGGACAGGCUUCGGAGCUGCCACGGCCUUUCCUCACAAGCUGCUGUGAAGCAAGCAGCACAACUGCGCUGCGCUUGCCGGCCAUGAUGAUGCCGUGUAUUCCGGUCGCCAUGUCGCAGACGGCCCUGCAAUGGGCCAAUUGCGCCUGGACUGGCGUGAUGUUGUUGCAAUUGUGCACAGUCUAUUUCACCUGGGAUGCGGUAGACUUCAUGGCCAAGCAGUGGCAAAGUAGCUCCGCGGCCAUCCGCAACGCCAAGCAUGCAACCGUGCUGAGCUGGCCCUUCAAGGGCGCAGUGGAGGUCUACAUGUUCGACAGCUGCAGCGAGGAGGGCUUGAUGUCGCUCCAGGAGUAUGCCCAGAACGCCUCGCAGGAUACCCACGCCGAUUUCUGCAACGUCAGAACAAUAGAUGGCCAGCGGGUGUUCUAUCCCCCGGACAAAGUCAUUGAGCGUCAGAGGAACGCAUUCGGGGUGCUUGACGAAUUGAAGCCCUCGUCCUCCGACAAGGAAUUGAACUCCUCGUCCUCCGAGGGCGAGGGAGCAAACAGCUCGGCCGAGUCGCGGCGCUUGUUGUCCACCGAGGAGGUGGCGUCCAUGGCGUUGAGUUUCAGCAGCACAUCUCAGGAGGUCCUUUUCGACAUGAGGAAGAUCAUCUGGCAGAUGGUGACGACCGAGCCGCUCGUCAUCAAGCACUCCUGCGAUGGCGCGAACGUGACCUUCGGCAGGGUAAAUCUCUUGAAUAGAUAUCUCAACAUGAUCAUCAUGAACAACCUGGCCCAUAACAAGGCAGAGGCCCUGAAAAGGAAGCGGCGGGAAGUGAUGGCGAAGCUGAAGAGCAGGCUCCGAGCUGGAGACGGAGCAGAGGGAGCCGGAGAUGACGGAGACGACGGCGACGUAGUAGACGGAGACGGAGAUGGAGACGGAGAUGGAGACGGAGAAGAAGAAGACGGAGAAAUAAGUACUGCAGUAGCGACGGUGCGCAUGGCAGAAUAUUGGCUGUUGAAAUAUGCCUUUCUCGCUUGCCUUGUGGCGCGGUUUGUCCUCAACAAGCUGCACGCCAUCAUCGGCUGUCUCUGUGAAAGUAUGGACGCCAUUCACAUCGACUCCUGGCGAUCUCGCUGUGACAGGCGCCUGGAGGCCGUCAUGCUACAUGCGAUGUCAGCGGUGCUCUGUGUUUGCCUGCAGGUGGUGCAGAGCACUAUGUUCAUCACGGUGUGGCGGAGCGGCCACGCCCUGGUCCCGCACGUGCCGGUUCUCUCUUUGGUAAUGAUGACCAUUUUAUUGGGCAUUUUUGCGGUGAUCAAUGAGCUGGACAAGUUCUUCCACUGGUCCAUGAGAUAUUGCAACGUUUUCCUGCGUCUGGUGUUUUGGGUCAUUGUGGUGACGCUCUUUGUGGUCAUGGGCAUCCCGGUGAUGUAUGUGACCUUUGUAAAGCUCUUCUUCCUUUUCCAGGUCUUCACGUGCCACCUCAAUGACGAGGAGAGCGCGAUGAUGUCCCCGGAGUUCGCAGAAGCCGCCGCACGCUGCUGCUGGGCGACGCCGUGGUUCGUCCUAUUUGCAGCCGUCGAGGUGAUCAUUACUUGGAUGAUCGAGUGCUAUGAGACGGAAAGGGAGAAGAAUCCGCAUGUAGCGCCACGCCCGGUGAAAGCGCAGUACACAGUUAUCAUGGCCGCAUAG